CCUUCGGGACGGCGGGAGGCUCGCGGCGGUGAGGUCAAAAUGGCGGCCGCGGUCGACGCACAAGUUGAGAUCGUUUGGGACUUUUCUUCUUCCUUCCACUCCACUUCCGGGCUCCCAAGGUAGCUUCUGCCGCUAAGACCAGGAUAAGGGAUUUCAAGAAAUGACCUUGGCUAACCUCUAUUUCAUUUGUCGUUGCUGCCAACUUUGCCAAAAUUCCCGGCAUCGGGCGUUUUCUACCACAAUCUAUAGGUGGUCUCCAGCCAGGAAUCUUAACUACUAUGAUGUUCUGGGGAUCAAGCAAGAUGCUACUACGAAGGAGAUCAAACAAGCUUUUUUUAGGAAAUCAAAGAAGCUCCACCCUGAUAGCAACCCAACGAACCCCAAGCUGCACAGCCAGUUUGUGAAGCUCAACGAGGCCUACAACGUGUUGAGUAAAGAGAAAAGCCGCAGAGAUUACGACGCCCAGCAAACGGCCCGGAAGACCUGGGAACGUCAGGGAUCCAGCAGACGUUCAGCGCAGGAUCCUUUCGACUUCACUCAUUUUCAUCACCAGCAAACAGCCCGGAAGACUCGGGAACGUCAGGGAUCCAGCAGACAUUCGGCUGAAGACCCUUUCAAUUUUGCUCACUUUCAAUCAAGGAGAAGAAACCCAGACCCCUAUGAGGAAUUUUGGUACUGGCAGGACUUCCCCAAACCACCCCCAGAAUGGUUUUCAGGCCCCGAGAUCGAGAAGAGGCAGCGCCGUAACCAAAGGAUUGUGAUGUACUGUCUGCUUAUAAUGUCUGGAAGCCUGUUCAUUCACUACAUAUCAUACAGACACGUCGCAAAAUUACACACCCACUUGAUGGAUGAGAGAGACCGUGUGAUCACCCAGGCCCUUAUUAAGGAGAAGGAGCAAGCCAGGGCCAGGCACGAAGAGCGGCUGCAGCAGGAGCAGAACGCCCCGAUUGUCGAAGAGCACCCUGCCUGCUCUAGACCACGCUCAGAAAUGUUGGGCUCCGCAAAGGAUCCGGUUCCUCCUGUCUCUACUGCCAAGUAAACUUGUUGGAACCAGCCAUCUUCCAAGCUGGUGGCGGAGGCCGGCCGCCUCGCCCUCCCAGCUUCUCCCCACUUCUUUCCAAUAGAAGCACUUUAAUACACUGACAA